GUGGCGUCGUGUUUGUUUUUACUUGAACGGCACCACUUGCGUCGAGGCGGCUUGCUGAAACGUGCUUGCCGAGGCCUUGAACCGGCAACGCCGGACGAUGGCAGCUCGGCGUGCACUGAAAGCUGUCUUGGUGGACCUCAGCGGCACGCUUCAUGUUGAAGACUCAGCUGUGCCAGGCGCGCAGGAAGCUCUUAAAAGGCUGCGUGGUGCUCCAGUUACCAUUCGAUUUGUGACCAACACAACAAAAGAGUGCAAGAGAGACCUGCUGGAGAGGCUGACGAAACUGGGAUUUGACAUUGCGGAAAAUGAGAUCUUCACCUCUCUGACAGCAGCCAGAAAUCUCCUGGAGCAAAAGCAGGUGCGGCCUCUUCUGCUGGUGGACGAUAAGGCGCUGCCUGAUUUCACAGGGAUAGCCACCGAUGACCCCAAUGCAGUGGUAGUAGGACUGGCUCCUGAGCGCUUUAACUAUGAGAUGAUGAAUAGGGCGUUUCGGUUGAUAUUGGAUGGUGCUCCUCUUAUAGCUAUACAUAAAGCCAGGUAUUUCAAGAAAAAGAAUGGCUUGGCUCUGGGACCUGGGCCUUUUGUAACUGGACUGGAAUACGCAACAGACACCAAAGCUACAGUGGUGGGGAAACCAGAGAAAACUUUCUUCCUGGAAGCUUUACGAGGGACUGACUGUGCCCCAGAGGAGGCCCUCAUGAUUGGUGAUGACUGCAGGGAUGAUGUUGGAGGAGCCCAGAACGCUGGCAUGCGUGGGAUUUUAGUGAGGACCGGUAAAUAUCGACCAGCAGAUGAAGACAAAAUCAAUCCGGCUCCUUACUUAACCUGUGAGAAUUUCCCAGAGGCCGUGGAACAUAUCCUAGAGCAUCUGCUGUGAGACAGGGAGUAGUCAGUUAGAAGAAACUUCUGUUUCACAUAAUUUCCGUUAUUCUUGCUUCAAAAAUAAAGGCCAUAGGAUCAAUGCAUGCAGCUGAAAGCUUAGCCGUGCGGAAAGCGGACUGGUGUGUGGCCCCAGGACAGUCGCAGCAAAGCCACUUUCCUGCAGUGAUCGCAUGAGGAUGUGAUUAGAGACCUCAGGUACUCAGCAGGUUAGACAGCACCGGGAAGGCUCUAACCAAUACAGCCUAUGUUCAUGAAUGAUUAGGGAACGUGGCACAGACUUAUGGUUGUUUUCAGCUUUCAAGAAAUAACUGAUCACAAGCCCUGUCUAAAAAGCUUCAGGUUCCUGUGCCAAACUAACUAAGCUGUAAAACCCACUGGAAAUACACAAGUAACAAAGCACAAAGACUAACGGAGCCCUAGUCAGCCUGUAGUGAUAACAGCUAUGCCCAGUCUGUGCAUUUGUUUUCACUGAGUAUGUCUCAGCUCUGCUGUAAUUUAAAGGUAGAGAUUAUGCCAGUCUGGGAGUGACUUUUAAAUUAAAAUAUCACCAUUACUAGUAAUAACUACUGUUGAUGUUUUUCUUCUCAUUAAAAGAGACACUGGUUUUUGUUUUUCAAAUUUUGUGUGGAAUUAAAACUUAAAUAAUUUUCAGAUGGUUCAACUAGAUGCUGUUAUUAAAACAAAUAAACGGUACACAAACAAAAAUCUGGUAUUAAAUGGCUUAGAGACUGUGAACGUUUGAAGUUAGACUUCAGCAGGGUCCUAUUAAUACUACAGUUGCAAAAUUUCACUAUUGUUGGGGGUUUUUUUUGUUUUCUUUCUAAUGUUAUGGGAAAAAUUCUUUAUAAGCCAUGGGGACAGAUUUGCAUUUUUACACAGUUGGUUAGUAGCACUAUAAAAUGAAAUUUAAUUCUGUAGUAUGCAUUGCUUUUCCUACAUGUGUUAAAUAACACCGAUAUCAACCAACUUUGUAAUGAUAGUAAAUAGCUUUUCUGGUCCAUUUGCAAACUGUAAUAAUCAAAGUUCUUUACAUUUGUUUUACAGUGCUCCUGAGUGUUAAAUUAUUAGACUGUAAUUAUACACUGCUGCAGUAUUAACCUUAUUGAAAAUAUAGUUUUGUGUUAAUGA